AAAAAAAAACAGAAGAAAAUAAAUUAAAAUAAAAAAAAAUAAAAAAUAUAAAACAUAGAAGUGCCGAAAAGUCAAUAAAUAAAAGAUUACAAAUUGAAUAAACAAUAUAUUUAUAUAAACAAUAAGAAACAUGAUUGUGGAUUUAGAAAAUCAAUUGAAAGCUUAACUUAAAAAAGCGUUUAAGUUUUUGUUAUAAUAACAGCAAAAAAAAGAAAGACAAGCAAAGGAGGAUAAAAAUUGCUUUUCUUUUUAUUCAACAUCAAAUAGAGAUAACUGAUCAAAAUUAAGAAUGAAUCAACAGUGUAAAGUCUGUGGGGAACCUGCAGCAGGAUUUCAUUUUGGUGCUUUCACAUGCGAGGGCUGUAAAUCGUUCUUUGGUCGAUCCUAUAAUAAUCUAUCAUCAAUAUCGGAAUGUAAAAAUAAUGGUGAAUGCAUAAUUAAUAAGAAAAAUAGGACAGCAUGUAAAGCAUGCAGACUCAGGAAAUGCUUAUUAGUUGGCAUGUCCAAGAGUGGAUCGCGUUAUGGUCGUCGAUCAAAUUGGUUUAAAAUUCACUGCCUAUUACAAGAACAACAGCAACAAGCAGCUAAUGCAGCACAAAACGGUUGCCCAAAACCACCAGCGCUCUCACCAAAUUCAUUAAAUCUUAUGAGACAUCCAUCGUACUCAACGAGCAUAUUUUCAAGACCGCCAUGUACGAAAGAGGAAAUGAUGAUGAUAAGAUUAGACGAAUAUGCAAAACAACAUCAACAGCAACAUCCAGCAUCGUCACCGUCGAUUAGUUCGCCCGAUAGUCACAACUCAGAUAGUUCAAUUGAAAUUGGUGAUAAACGAAACUCUUUAUUGAGUAAGCAAAGUAAUAACAAUAAGCAGCAUAUACCAAAUACACAAUCUCAACUUCACCAUCAGCCGCAACAACAGCCAUCUCCAUUGGCAUUAAAUAAAGACUUGUUUUUACCAUUACCGUUUGCAGGAUUUCCAUUAAUGCCUCCACCAGGGUUCUUGCCUCCGCCAACGCACUUCUUAUUUUCAAGCUAUCACAAUGCACUGUAUGAACAAAAUCAUCAUUUACUUCAGCAACAAGUUCAACAAGGUCUUUUGAAAACUGCAACUGACUUGCCUACAAAUACAAUGAUUUCACAGAAAUCACCAUCAACUGAAAGAGAUCUAGAAAAUAAUAGUAAUGGAAGUAGUGAAACAUUGCAAAUACGUGAAAAUAACAAUAAUCAUAAAAAUAGUAAUAAUAAGAAACGUCAUUACACAGAGACAUUAUUGGAUAUGCAGAGGAAGCAUAUUUCAUCAUUGUCAUCAUCCAACUCACUAUUGACGACAAUAACCACAAAAAUACCAAAGAGAUCAAAUUCACCACCAUCGGCUCUUCAUCUGAUGAAUAGUCAUCAUCUUAGUAAUAGAAUAUGUAAGAGCGAAGAAGAAGACGAGGAGGAUAUUGAUAUGAAUAAUGAAAGUGAUGAAGUUUUAACGCCACCGAGAUCACCAAAUACUCCAAUGUUGACUAUUGAAAAUAAUCCGAUAGAUUUGAGUAUGAAGAGCGGAAGUAGUACCAAAUCUGAUGAUAUAAAUCACAACUAUUACAAAACCAAAACAAAUAAUAAUAAUAUAUCUCCAUCAGAUAAUUUUACCAUGAAUAGCAACUCUGACAGUGACUCAAAUGAUCAUCACAAUGCGAACAGCAAUAAUAAUAAUAGUAAUAGAAAGACAAUUUACGGUCACGCUUUGAAGGAUGAAGUUAAACAUACAAAACAAAUGAAUGGUCGUUGUGAAGAGUCCGGUGAAGAAGAUGAUGAUAACUUUAGACACAACAAUAAUAAUCAAUAUGAUGUCGAAUUAAAGCGUAGAAAAUUGCACUUGGCCGCACCGUUAGAUUUAACUACAAAAGUUUAAAGAUUUUUAUUUUCUUCUGUUUAACUUUUCAAACGAAAAUUGAUGAAACUUAAAUUCCAACAUAAUUAUUGAAAAUGAAAAAUGAACAAUUAAAAAGUUUCUGUAAUUUUGACGCGAUAAAAAAAAUAUACUUAAAAAUUUCUAGGACACCAAACGUCAGUCCUAAAAUUAUAUGUUUCAUCUUAAGAUUCAGGAUAUUUAUUGUAAUUUCAUUUUUAAUAUAAAUAUUUUUACAGUAAUUUACCAAAAUAUUUGAAUGAGAAAUUUAAUCUUAAUUAGAAAAUAAUGAACUAGAGAGAGCACAAAAAUGACACAUGACUUAAGGAUUGAAACAAUCAUAUUUAAAAUAAAAGUAUUGGAUUGUUUUUGUUAUUAUUUUUAUUAUUAUAAUAUCAGAUGUCGGCAAUUUUAAGCAGUACAAAUCAUAGCGAAUCGAUAUUUUAGAAAACUUUAAUAAUUUAUAUCUUAUGACUUACAGAUUGAAAAUCGAUUUUGAAAAAGUUUUUAGACUGCGAAAUUUUUCAGUUCCAACAAAUUUUAUUGAUUUAAUUAUUUAAUUUAAUAAAAAAUUUAUUUUCAAUAAAAAAAUGUAUAAAGCAUGAAGUUAAAUUUAAUUUUUAAUUUAUAAGUAGUUCAUCUAG